GUCUGAAACAAUCAAUAAAUUCAUUGUGAAGUAUUUUGUAGGUGAUAUUCUAGUCAGUAAAGAGGAACAUCAACAGUUCUUGACAGGCGUUCAGUGGACUGUUCAGAUGAUGUCAUGGACUCCACAAAGGAUCUCAGUGGACAGACAGACACAGGGAAGGUCAAGAGUCAACUCCAUAUGAAGAGAUCAGACUUAACAGAGCUCAGCUGUGUGUCCAUGAAGAGUGACGCGUCUAUGGAGAAGCCAAUUGAAUUUAACGUUGAUCACACAUCAACUGGUCUGAGACAACUCCAUAUGAAGAGAUCAGACUCACUGAAGCCCAGCUGUGUGUCCAUGAAGAGUGACCGGUCUAUGGAUAAGCUAUUACAUUUUAAGGGUGAACACACACCAACUGGUCUGAGACAACUCCAUAUGAAGAGAUCAGACUCACUGAAGCCCAGCUGUGUGUCCAUGAAGAGUGACCGGUCUAUGGAUAAGCUAUUACAUUUUAAGGGUGAACACACACCAACUGGUCUGAGUCACUCACAACAUGUUGAAGUCCAAAACACAUUCAAAUCCAAUCUGCUGAAGAAGUUUCAGUGUUUGUGUGAGGGAACAUCAAAGCAGGAAAACCCAACACUCCUGAAUGAGAUCUACACAGAGCUGUACAUCACAGAGAGUGAAAGAGGAGAGAUCAAUAAUGAACAUGAGGUGAGACAGAUUGAGAAACAGUCCAGAAGAGCAGCAACAGAGGACACACCAAUCAAAUGCAAUGACAUCUUCAAACCUUUACCUGGACAAGACAAACCCAUCAGAACUGUGCUGACUAAAGGAGUUGCUGGAAUUGGAAAAACUGUCUCUGUGCAGAAGUUCAUUGUGGACUGGACUGAAGGAAAAGCCAAUCAGGACGUCCACAUCAUAUUUCCACUUCCUUUCAGAGAGCUCAAUCUGAUGAAGGACAAAAAACUCAGUCUUUCAGAUCUUCUUCAGGUUUUCUUCAGUGAAACAAAAGAAAUGGAAAUAUCCAGAGAUGAAUAUAAAGUUUUCUUCAUCUUUGAUGGUCUGGAUGAGUGUCGUCUGUCUCUGGAUUUUCAGAGCAAUGUGAGAUUGUGUGAUGUCACUGAAUCAGCCUCAGUGGAUGUGCUGCUGACAAACCUCAUCAAGGGGAAUCUGCUUCCCUCUUCUCUCAUCUGGAUCACCUCCAGACCAGCAGCAGCUGAUCUCAUCCCCUCUGAGUGUGUUGAUCGGGUGACAGAGGUACGAGGAUUCAAUGACCCACAGAAGGAGGAAUACUUCAGGAAGAGAAUCAGAGAUCAGAGUAUGGCCAAAAGAAUCAUCACACACCUGAAGUCAUCAAGAAGCCUCUUCAUCAUGUGUCACAUCCCAGUGUUCUGCUGGAUUUCAGCCACUGUUCUAGAGACAAUGUUGAGUGAAGCAGAUAGAGGAGAGAUCCCCAAGACACUCACUCAAAUGUACACACACUUCCUGAUCAUUCAGACAAACAUCAAACAUGAGAAGGACUAUGAGAAGAAAAGUAAAAACAGUGACAUGAUCCUCAAACUGGGGAAACUGGCUUUUAAACAGCUUGUGAAAGGCAAUCUGAUUUUCUAUGAGGAAGACUUGAGAAAGUGUGGCAUUGAUGUGACAGAAGCAUCAGUGUACUCGGGAUUGUGCACUCAGAUCUUCAGAGAGGAGUUUGGGUUGUAUCAGGGGAAAGUGUUCUGCUUUGUUCAUCUGAGCAUUCAGGAACAUCUAGCAGCUCUAUAUGCACACCUCUCCUUUACAAACAACAACAUGAAUGUGUUUGAACAAAUCACCAAACAAAGACUCUUCUCUAAAGUUUUAAAGUUGAUGAAACAGGUUUCUAUGUUUGACCUGCAUCAGACAGCUGUGAAUGAGACUUUAAAGAGUAAGAAUGGACAUCUGGAUCUCUUCCUUCGUUUCUUUCUGGGUCUCUCAUUGGAGUCUAAUCACACUCUCUUACAAGAACUGCCGACACAGACAGGAAGCUGCUCCUACAACAAAGAGGAAACAGUGAAAUACAUCAAGCAGAAGAUCAGGGAGAAUCAAUCUCCAGAGAAAUCCAUCAAUCUGUUCCACUGUCUGAAUGAACUGGGUGAUGAUUCACUUGUGAAGGAGAUCCAAGAUUAUCUGAAAUCUGGAAAAAUAAAAGAAACAAAACUCUCCUCUUCACAGUGGUCAGCUGUAGUGUUUGUGUUGUUGACCUCAGAGCAGGAGAUGGAUGUGUUUGAUCUGAAACAGUUUAUUGGAGCACGAAAUAAAGCAGAUGAAGUUCUUCAGUAUCUGCUGCCUGUGAUUAAAGAAUCCAGAUCAGUUCAUCUGAUGGGCUGUAAUCUGACAAAGAAAAGUUGUUCAGCACUGGCCUCAAUUCUCAGCUUAAACUCUUCAAAUCUGAGAGAGCUGGACCUUAGUAACAAUGACCUGCGGGAUUCAGGAGUGAAGCUGAUCUCUGAUGCACUGAAGAGUCCUCACUGUACACUGGAAAUACUGAGAUUUGCAGCUUGUAGAUUCACUGAUCAGUGCUGUGAAAGUUUGUCUUCAGUUCUACAAUCAUCAAAAUCACUGAGAGAGCUGGAUCUGAGUAACAAUGACCUGCAGGAUUCAGGAGUGAAGCUGCUCUCUGAUGCACUGAAGAGUCCUCACUGUAUACUGGAAACACUGAGAUUUGCAGCUUGUAGAUUCACUGAUCAGUGCUGUGAAAGUUUGUCUUCAUUGCUACAAUCAUCAAAAUCCCUGAGAGAGCUGGACCUGAGUAACAAUGACCUGCAGGAUUCAGGAGUGAAGCUGCUCUCUGAUGCACUGAAGAGUCCGCACUGUAUACUGGAAAUACUGAGAUUUGCAGCUUGUAGAUUCACUGUUCAGUGCUGUGGAAGUUUGUCUUCAGUUCUACAAUCAUCAAAAUCACUGAGAGAGCUAGACCUGAGUAACAAUGACCUGCAGGAUUCAGGAGUGAAGCUGCUCUCUGAUGCACUGAAGAGUUCUCACUGUACACUGGAAAUACUGAGAUUUGCAGCUUGUAGAUUCACUGAUCAGUGCUGUGAAAGUUUGUCUUCAGUUCUACAAUCAUCAAAAUCACUGAGAGAGCUGGACCUGAGUAACAAUGACCUGCAGGAUUCAGGAGUGAAGCUGCUCUCUGAUGCACUGAAGAGUCCUCACUGUUCACUGGAAAUACUGAGAUUUGCAGCUUGUAGAUUCACUGAUCAGUGCUGUGAAAGUUUGUCUUCAGUUCUACAAUCAUCAAAAUCACUGAGAGAGCUGGACCUGAGUAACAAUGACCUGCAGGAUUCAGGAGUGAAGCUGCUCUCUGAUGCACUGAAGAGUCCUCACUGUUCACUGGAAAUACUGAGAUUAUCUGGCUGUAUGAUGACUGAGGAAGGCUGUUGUUCUGUGGCAUCAGCUCUGAGAUCAAAUCUCUCACACCUGAAAGAGCUGGAUCUGAGCUACAAUCACCCAGGAGAAUCAGGAGUCAAGCUGCUCUCUGAAAGACUCAACGAUCCAAACUGCACACUGGACAAACUUAAUGUGGAUCAUGGAGGAGAGUUCAGGAUUACAGCAGGACCACGCAAAUAUGUCUGUGAUCUCACACUGGAUUCAAACACAGUACACACUGGACUCAUUCUGUCUGAGGGGAACAGGAAGGUGACACGUGUGAUAGAUCGUCAGUCAUAUCCUGAUCAUCCAGAGAGAUUUGAUGUGUAUCCUCAGGUUCUGUGUAGAGACAGUCUGACUGGACACUGUUACUGGGAGACUCAAUGGAGUGGACGUGCUGCUGGUAUAUCAGUGUCAUAUAAAGAAAUCAGCAGGAAAGGACGGAGUGAUGACUGUCUGUUUGGAUUCAAUGUAAACUCCUGGAGUCUGAUCUGCUCUAAUAACACAUUCACUGUCCGUCACAAUAAUAACAGAACUGACAUACGUCCCCCUUCACACGACUGUAAGAGAGUAGGAGUGUAUGUGGACUGUCCGGCCGGCACUCUGUCCUUCUACAGCGUCUCUGACACACACACACUCACACACUUACACACACUCAUCACCACAUUCACUCGACCCCUCUAUGCUGGAUUUAGAGUUUUUCCUGAUUCCUCAGUGUGUGUGUGUGAAAUUGAUCAUCAGAGACACACACACACAACUGGAUGAGUGAAAUAUACUCACUGUAUCUCACAUCAACACAACUCCAAACUCUUUCUAGAAAUCAUUUCAUCAAUGAAACUGAUUGAAUUCAAUACAAUGACAGUACUUUGUGUCUCACUGUGAUGUGAUUGAACUUAUUUACUAUCAGAUUCAAUAAUAAAAAUAAUGAUUUUAAAUGAAUAAAUGAGUCUAUAUAUGAACUCUUUAUUAAACACACGGCACAUUCAGAUACUCAUUGUUUUAUUUAUACUAAAUAAACAUUUACAAAUACAGAAUUCUUGUGAUUUUUCUACAGUAUAUAAAUCUUAAUACUUAACAGACAAUUCUAGAAAAAACAGCUUCACACUUUUGCAUUCAUAAAUGGAUUUAUAAGAACUAAUUACAGGAUCAUUUAAAGUUGGUGUAAAUUUGACAGAUUUGAAGAGUUCACUCAUUGAUAAAAGUCAAAUGCUGUCAUCAUACACACACCCUCAUGUUGUUCUGAACCUUACACAUUUUUAUUCUGUGAAACACAAAAGGAA